AUGGCGCCCCUCACCGAGGCGUUUCCUAUGGGUGCGGGGUCACCUGCGCUGCCUGCGCCGCCUGCUGUGAGGAUUGCCUCGACGCCUCUGCGAGCAACGCGUCAAGCGCCAGAGCAAGGUGUGCCAUUGCCACGUGCUGCUGCCGCGGUGCUUGUGGCGACGGGUGUCAUGGUCAAGAGGUCUGGGGUGGCCCGACUCCAGAGCGUGAGGUGUACUUGGACAAGGAGGAUGGCGGGCAAGCGGGCGACUGCAGUGGCAAUGAGGGCUGAGCAGUCCCAGAACAGCGUGGCAGAGGUGGAGGAGCUCGAGCCCUUCUUCGAAGAAGUCUCAGGUGAUGACCCCCUGGUGCUGGACCUGGAGGACAGGCUGCGCGAGAUGAACGGUGCCAGCAACCUGACGUUAGACAUGGUCCUGAACCCGGGCACGAUCGUGAACACCGAGCGCGAGGUGAUCCUUCUACGGGCCCAGCUCAAGGCGACACCAGACGAAGACACCGACAAGCGAAAGAAGCUAGAGGACAAAAUCGAAGAGAAGCAGAUGAAGAUUGUGAAUGAGAUGAAGCUGGUCAUGACAGACAAUCUCAAAUUGGAGUUCUUGGUGCAAGCUGUCCUGUCAAUUUUUGCAUUUGGCUUUAUGUGCUACGACGCCUUCCCAUGGAUACCCGACCUGACCUGGGCUGGCAUCAACAAACUUGGCUCCAAGCUGGCGCUCAAACUGUUCGGCGUUUGGGGCCUCUGGCUCUUUACAGUGCCAGCCCUUCGUGCGCGAAAGCCUGGCGGUCCGUACGGUAUGGGCUACGAGGAGAAACGAGCGCUGGAUCUGUCCUUUCUUGUGCUUCCAUUCGUUUGCAUAUUCGGGCCGAUUCUUUUUAAGGAUGCGUCAACCACCUUCUGGCUCUCCCUACUGACCCUGGCUGGGCUAUAUGGGUGGAGCUUCAACACGCCAUUGGUUGAGGGCAAGAUCCAGCGCGGAGCUGGGCAGGACCUGAACUUGCCGGAGCCGGUGAUGUGGGCAAUCAAGGCCCUGGACUUCGGCACAGGCUCCGAGAGAGGAGCGCGCUCGGAGGACAAGUCCUGGCAGGACCAACUGGCGGCCUAUGAGAAGGCCGCCGACGAGCUGGCAGCAAAGAAAGCUGAGAGGCUUCUGGUGAUGGCAGGUGGCCAGGACUCCAAGAUGGAUUCGUCAUGCUCAGAGCUGAUCUUGAUGUUUGCUCAAGCAGAACGCCCUUUCGGGGAGGUUUCCUCCGCACAAUUUCAUGACGAUCUGUACGACUGGCCACAAGGUUCCUACAGCUCGAAUCACCAAUAUUCUAAAGAGCAGAGCAGCCGAAGACAUUUCGCGGAGGACGAGGACUUCUCGCUUCCUUCGAUAGGCUCGCGAGACCAUGCGAGUGGCGUUUGCCGUCCCUGCGCAUGGUUGUGGAAGCCUGGUGGGUGUCGGAAUGCUUACCAGUGUACACAUUGCCACUUGUGCACCCCAGAAUCGGGCAGAAAGCGCCGGAAGGAGUUUGUCAAGGAGCCCCCUGCCAAGGCCCAGCCGCCGCAGAGAGGGAAGAGGAGGCAGGAAUGGACUUGGCAGCAGGCGGAGGAGCCACCGUCCCCGUGGAUAGAGAGUGCUCAGACAAUCCCCCCGCCACCUCCUACAACGCCAUCCCCGACAGAUGCGCUGACUGUGCCUGCUGCUCCGCCUGCCCCAAGUGCAGGUCAUAGUAGCCCAUCUGCGCAGGAAGAGUCAGAACAGAGGCAGCUGCAGCAACGCUGGUCCCGAGGGUCUCAGCAACACAACAGCGGGCUCUGCAGGCCUUGCCUCUUUCAGUGGACGGCGUCUGGGUGCAAAGACGGCCAGGAUUGUGAAUUUUGUCAUCUAUGCGUCCCGCAGAAGGACUUCAAGGUGAUGCCUGCACCAAUGCCUGCGCCCGUGCCAACACCCAUGCCUGCUCCUGCAGCUUCAAUGCCUGCGCAGCUUCCUGCCAUGCCAGAGUGGCAGCAGGCCAAUGCGCCUGCAGGCUUUCGGAAUGCCGACCAAGCUCAUCGGCCAGAAGCGCACUACAUCAAUUUGGCAGAACGCCUUGUGCCAGAAAGCCAGGCGCAGGCGCCGGGGGCGCAGCAAAUGACUCCGGGGCUGGUCUCUUCGCUGGUGCUGGGCACCGCCCCAUAUCCAAAUCCCCAGCCUCUACAACCGCAGCAGCAGCAAUAUAGGACUGCUUCAGCGUGGCAGCCGGUUCCUGCGAAGAUGAAGGAAUUCAGAUCGGUGCAGUCCCCGAUGCCCAUGGGCGUGGUGGAUGGACCGCCGUGCUUUGAUUGUGGCAAUGUGACGCAUUGCGUUUGUCUUCCAGGUGAUGUCGGCUUCUCCGAACGAGAGCCAGUGCAGCAUCUGCGAACGCUUGCGAGACGAAAGGAGCCCGACUUGCCUCAGAUCGUGCGGGAAGAGGAUGGCGAUGCCAGAGCACCUGGCGACGUAGGCCCUGCUCUCGAGCGGUCGCUCCAGCACCUCAUGCAGAGCGGGGAGAACACGGGCCAAAGCGCGAGCAGCGCAGGGCCGGAGCGGAUAUCUCCUGGCGAAGUGGCACACAACAACGGCAAAUGCCAGCCCUGUGUGGAGCUCAUGCAAUCGGCCUCCUGCAGUGCUGGAGCAAACUGUCCGUACUGCCACGUCUGCUUGGAGCCGCGAAGACGAAAGAAAAUCGGAAACAUGGCCCUCAAGAAGAAGAGCAGUGAUGGCUGA